GCGGCGGCUGGGCUCCCCGGUAGCGCGCGGAGCGGGCGGGCUCUCCUCACACGAGCGCUUCCUUGCCGAGAGGCUGGAGCUGCGGCAGCGCAGGCCUGGGCCGCCGUGUCUCCGCCGCCCGCUUCAGUUUUACUCGGGGCUCUGGGGGCCGCCCGUCCGCCGACGCGCCUCAGGAAUUUAACAAGAAACUGAAGUUUUAAUUCAAAUAAUUUUUGAAUUGAAGCCAGAAAUGUACUAGGAUUUUGAUUGUUUCAUUUGAUUAAGGUAUGGUGUGAAUAUGCGUUGUUUGGCAGCUCGGGUCAACUAUAAGACUUUGAUUAUCAUCUGUGCGCUAUUCACUUUAGUCACAGUACUCCUGUGGAAUAAGUGUUCCAGCGACAAAGCAAUCCAGUUUCCACGGCACUUGAGCAGUGGAUUCAGGGUGGAUGGAUUAGAAAAAAAAGCAGCAGCAUCCGAAAGUAACCACUAUGCCAACCAUGUGGCCAAGCAGCAGCCAGAGGAGGUGUUUCCUCAGGAGCAACAGAAGGCACCCCCUGUCGUUGGGGGCUUCAAUAGCAACGGGGGAAGCAAAGUGUUAGGGCUCAAAUAUGAGGAGAUUGACUGUCUCAUAAAUGACGAACACACAAUUAAAGGGAGACGAGAGGGAAAUGAAGUCUUUCUUCCAUUCACUUGGGUAGAGAAAUACUUUGAUGUUUAUGGAAAGGUGGUUCAGUAUGAUGGCUAUGAUCGAUUUGAAUUCUCUCAUAGCUAUUCCAAAGUCUAUGCACAGAGAGCCCCUUACCACCCUGACGGUGUGUUUAUGUCCUUUGAAGGAUACAAUGUGGAAGUCCGAGACAGAGUCAAGUGUAUAAGUGGAGUUGAAGGCGUGCCAUUAUCUACACAAUGGGGACCUCAAGGCUAUUUCUACCCAAUCCAGAUUGCACAGUAUGGGCUAAGUCAUUACAGCAAGAAUCUAACUGAGAAACCCCCUCACAUAGAGGUAUACGAGACAGCAGAAGACAGGGACAGAAACGUCAGACCUAAUGAAUGGACGGUGCCCAAGGGCUGCUUCAUGGCCAGUGUGGCUGACAAGUCUAGAUCCACCAAUGUUAAACAAUUUAUUGCUCCAGAAACCAGUGAAGGUGUUUCUUUGCCGCUGGGAAACACAAAAGACUUCAUUAUUUCAUUUGACCUCAAGCUGUUAACAAAUGGGAGUGUGUCUGUGGUUCUGGAGACCACAGAAAAGAACCAGCUCUUCACUGUGCAUUAUGUCUCAAACACCCAGCUAAUUGCUUGUAAAGACAGGGACAUAUUCUACGGCAUUGGGCCCAGAACUUCAUGGAGUACAGUUACCAGAGACCUGGUCACUGACCUCAAGAAAGGAGUGGGUCUUUCCAACACAAAAGCUGUCAAGCCAACCAAAAUCAUGCCCAAGAAGGUGGUUAGGUUGAUUGCAAAAGGGAAGGGAUUCCUGGACAACAUUACCAUUUCAACCACAGCCCACAUGGCUGCGUUCUUUGCUGCUAGUGACUGGCUAGUGAGGAACCAAGAUGAGAAAGGUGGCUGGCCAAUUAUGGUGACCCGGAAAUUAGGGGAAGGGUUUAAAUCUUUAGAACCAGGGUGGUACUCUGCUAUGGCACAAGGACAAGCCAUUUCUACCUUAGUCCGGGCCUAUCUUCUAACAAAAGACCAUGUAUUCCUCAAUUCAGCUUUAAGGGCAACAGCCCCAUACAAGUUUCUGUCAGAGCAGCAUGGAGUUAAAGCUGUGUUUAUGAACAAACAUGACUGGUAUGAAGAAUAUCCAACUACACCUAGCUCUUUUGUUUUAAAUGGCUUUAUGUAUUCUUUAAUUGGGCUGUAUGACCUAAAAGAAACAGCAGGAGAGAAGCUUGGGAAAGAAGCAAGGUCCUUGUAUGAGCGUGGCAUGGAAUCUCUUAAAGCUAUGCUGCCCUUGUAUGAUACUGGCUCCGGAACCAUCUAUGACCUCCGCCACUUCAUGCUGGGCAUUGCCCCCAACCUGGCCCGCUGGGACUAUCACACCACGCACAUCAACCAGCUGCAGCUGCUCAGUACAAUCGAUGAGUCCCCAAUCUUCAAAGAAUUUGUCAAGAGGUGGAAAAGCUACCUUAAAGGCAGCAGGGCAAAGCACAACUAGAGCUCAAAACCAAAAGCAUCCCAGCCUCUUCUGAACUCAAGGGCUGAGCUCUGGAUCCGUGGCAGAGCUCAACAGCGCGUUGCACAGUCGCACAUUUUAAAAUGGUGUAUAUUCGGGGUUUGUGGGUCAUAGCAACAUGAGAAGAGACCCUUAAAAUUAGUCUUCUGAAACAAUUGCAUUCCAUGGGUCAAGUGCUUAGAAAUGUAGGUGCAGAAAGCAUUCUGUCAGUGCGCUGAGGAAAGAUGUGAUUAGGCCUCCAUUCAGAGUCACUCUCGGUCUGUGAAAGAUAAUGGUAAGUUGCUGCUUGCUAGCCUGCUGCCCAGCACUUACCUAAAACUUAGUAUAGAGUGCUUUUGAAAUGUGAUUAUUUAUAUUUAUACUGAAAGCAGGCUUUUAGAAAACAGUGUGCUGUACUGCAGUAAACAUGUGCGGAUAGCCUGGGUCGUGGAUUGUGUUUUUAAAAGUGUUUCUUUCCCAUAGAUUCAUUUCUUGGGAGGGAGUGAGCAUUUUUACAUUUGUUCAAUUAUAUAUAUGGAAAAUAUUUGAAUUAUGGUUUUCUUGAACUAUAUAUUUAAACACAGCCCGUGUUCGGGUUCAUGGUCACAUAACAUAAGCACAACUAAAAUGAAACUUGUUGACUGCACAAGAAAUUACAGGCAUGCUAUGUUUUAUGAAACUUGAUCUACAGUCAGUAAAAGUUUGAUGACUGUCUUCCCCACCUCUGUCCCCAAUGUAGUGUCUUUGUCACUCUCUAGAACGGUGCAUUUCAUUUCAUACUUUUUGUCCAUUUAGAGGACACUACCCAGAAUGUUAGUUAUAAGCCUAAAUUUGUGACAGACAUAAUGAUUUGAAUGAAGCCAAUCAUCC